GAAAGUCCUCCGCCCCCUUCCCCAUAUCAUCUCAAAUGAAAGCAGUUCCGUAUUCUGUGCCGCUACUACAACCAUCACUUUCAACAGCCCAAAUUCAUUCAAGCCUGUUUGUAAAAAUCAAUGCGCAUCAUCAACAUGGACCCAUGAUGUGUAAAAGGUCUGUCUUAAAGGCAUGUUUAAUUUUCCAUGAUGUCAUGAAGGAAAAGAAGGCCAGGGGCCCUUCAGCAGAAUACUGCAGUUGAGCCACAGAGAGGCUGAAGCUGCAUUCCACUUCAUCCUUACACCAUCUGUUUUUCCUUCAUCCCUCCUUUGGUAACUUGACAAUGACAUCACAUAGGAAACACCUGGUGAGGGAAUUCAACCAUUUCAUCACCUGUUAUAUCUGUAAAGGGUACUUGAUCAAACCCACCACUGUGACAGAGUGCCUGCACACCUUUUGUAAAAGCUGUAUAGUCCAGCAUUUUGAGGACAGCAAUGAUUGCCCAAAAUGUGGUAUCCAGGUUCAUGAAACAAAUCCCUUGGAGAUGUUAAGGUUGGACAACACUCUAGAAGAAGUCAUUUUCAAACUUGUGCCUGAUCUUCGAGAAAAGGAGCAGCAGCAAGAGAUUGAAUUCUGGAGAAGAAACAAAUCAAAAGAAAAUCUUGACGAGGAUGGCCCUACAUGUAAGAAGGCCAGAGUAGAUGAAGAUGAUGAUAUUAAAGGUGAUGGAGACUACCACAGGAGUGAUCCACAGAUAGCCAUCUGUCUAGACUGCUUGCGUAACAAUGGGCAGAUGGGAGAGAACAUUGUUAAGGGCUUAAUGAAAAAAUUUAUUCGCUGCUCAACAAGAGUGACUGUUGGAACAAUCAAGAAGUUUUUAAGUCUGAAGUUAAAGCUUCCCAGUUCUUAUGAGCUAGAUGUUCUAUGCAAUGGUGAGAUCAUGGGUAAAGACCACACCAUGGAGUUUAUCUACAUGACUCGCUGGAGGCUUCGAGGAGAAAAUGCCUACCCAAUGGUACUUGAAUAUCGACCACGCAUUGAUUUUGGCUAGGUUGAAAAAUCCUGCACUAAUUUCAGCCUAUGAUCAGACAGCGAAUUGAAUGGACAUGUCCAGUUCUGAAGAUCUACCCAUCUCUUCUGUUUAAUUACUUUGCCUCAUUAUUGGGAUCAGUUAGUGAAUAGAAGCCUGCGACACUUACCGUGUGCCACAGGGAUUUGUCUGUUGUUGGUUUAUUUACCAAAGUGACACAAAAGUCAUGUUUAAGGGCCUUUACCAAUUUGAAUAAGAUGGUAUCUUCUUUUUAAAAAAAAGUCACAAUAUAAAAAUCUCAAGUAUAUGCGGCAGUGCCUUUUCCCAUACAUCAUCUCAUAAAGAGCUUCUGUGGACAGACAUUUUAUAAAGAUGUUUAUAAAGGUGUGUUUUUGAAGACGUUUUCCUUUUGUGUUCCACAGAAGGAACAAAGUCAUAGUCAAGACAAGUUUUGAAAAACAUGAGAGGUUUAAAUGAUGACAAUAUGUUCAUAUUUAGUGGUUUAAUAUUAUAAGUCUCCUGAUGUUUAAAGCUUUAGACUGGUUCAGAGCCUCCAAGAUCCUCCAAGGUUUUUAAACUGGUCUGUUUUUGAAUGCCCUCUUAAGGGAUUUUAUUUAUUAUAUGCCAUACCUCUGUGCUCACACAAAUGCCUUUUCGUUUGAGGGUUUUGGUGACUUCUCUGCACAUGUGCCUCAUUUAAAAGGAAAAAAAAUGAAGGUGAAAUGAACUUAGCUAAACGCAUUGAGUAGUGGUUUUACAAUGUCUUCAUACUUCCCUGGCAUCCUAAUUGAAAAAAAAAGUUGAGCUUUACUGUCAUUGUGUCAUUUUUUGGUUUAUGGUUGACAGGCAAUAAGUCCCCCCCUCCGUUUUAAAAACUUGGCUGUAAUGUUCAUAAUUGCUGUUUUGAAUAUUGAGUCAUGCUUUCCUGUUUUAUGUCAGAAUACAGUUUUUUUGCAGUAAAUUCAGAAUCAAAAAAAUGACAAAGUAAAGGAAGUAUUCAUGGUUUAUUCUUGCAAAAUAGAAUUAAAGCAUUUACUUGAUUAUAUACACAGGCUUCUUGACAGUAUAUUAGUCUAGUCGUGUUACACCAAAGACACUCUACAUCAUGACCACAUGGGAUACAUUCUAAACUGUUUGUCUUACCUUACAACUGUACUUGCAAACAGAGGCCAUGUGGAAAAACUUAAGUUUGAAUGUCUGUGCAUGAAGCGAAAAUACCUACUUUCUCAAACAGAGUUCAGAAUUUUUUUUCCCCUCAUAAAUCUCCCUAAAAUUGGCUUCUGACAGAAUCACACUAAUUCUGUUUGGAAGAAAUCUAGAGCAACAAGGUCAAAAAAGAAGAAAUUAUUAUUUUGCAAUUGUUUUCACAUCAAAGAAGUUGACUCUGAAUUAUAAAAACUGUGUUUAAGUAGAAUUCUGAAAAAUAUGUGUUUAGAAUAGACUUUUGAAUGUCCCUGCGCUGCAAUGAUCAAUAUGUAUUUUUGUAAAGAGCCCUUGUAGAUAUUUUAAAAAUGGAAAUCUAUGUUGUAUGUUUAACAAACAUCAAAUGCUGCUUAGAAUAAUCUAUUCUAUUUUUCAAUGUAAAGUCCCUGAGGUGAUUCCUAGAGUUAGAAAUGUGUAUAUGACAGUUAUUGUAUUUGUGAGUCUUUGUUCAGAAGAAAAAUACACUCAUGAUUAUUGA